UGAAACCAAAGGAGUGGAUAUUAUAUUGAGAGGAAUAUAUGAAUCAUUUGUAUUAAAAAUUUCAAACUUCAUGGCUGAUGCUAAUAGCAAAUACUUUAUCUUCCUUUUAAUAGGGGAUAUUUCAUUCUGAAAUGUUUCGGAUAUGCAAAGCUGCUUUAUUUCCUCUUUCUAGUGGGCAUCAGAGUAAUAGAAGGGAUCUAACUCGGUUUGGACAAAAGAGUCUAACUUCGAACAAGGAAUCUGCUAGUAAAUAUAAGCAUUAUUUUAAAGCCCUCAUUUCUUUUAUCUAUAUCAUUGUUAAUGACCCAGACCCUUGUCGAAAUUGAUAUUGUGUUCAGUUUAGCUGAAAUCAGAGUUUGGUAUCUAUCAAAAGUUAUUAGCUUCAGGGUUAAAGCACCUCCUGAAUUUUAUAUCAAGCAUGUUGGAUACAAGUGAUGAGAUUAGGCCACAAAAUUUCCUCCAGAGUCAGUCCAUCCAAUAGCUUGAUAAGGUCAGCAGGAAGGCUCGACCUGAAGCACCUCUGUUAAAUGGCUACAUUUGUUGCGAUAAGAAGCAUCACUUUUAAAGAUUUAAUACAGACUAAGGUGAACCCGGGAUUCAUCCUGAAAUAGACUCAGAAACACUCCGAGGCAGUCUAAGUAUCGAUGCAAACAGCCUGUAAUUGCUGUUUGCAUGAAGAAGAUAAGUCCGCGUGUGUGUCUGACAGGACUUAAGACCAACGUAAAUAAUAGAUAAAAUCCUCCCAAACAGAUUUCGGUGAAAAAUUAGGACUUGGCUUUCAGAUUAACAAAUCGAUUAACUAGCAUCAACAACAUUAUUAUUAACACCGACUGGUGCUAAAAGUCAACUACGGCAUUGUCUAAUUAAUUAUUUUGGGUUGAGAGUAAUUGCUCUCAUCUGAACAAUAGGCAUGCUCAGCACUAAUUGGAGCCAAAAUAUCGUAAAACAAGCAGAAGAUAGCCAGAGAGCUUCUGCUUGACUUAUUGUAAUUAUUUUACGACACAUGCCAUACUUCUACUGAAGAUAUUU